ACAAACCGCUUCAAAAUGUCGGAAAUUGAAGUGUGUCAGUUGGCUUAUAAUGGCCAAUUUGAGCUUUUGAGACAGAAAAUCAACGCAAACAAAAACCUUGCAACGAAGAAAGAUCAGUCAAAUCGUAUGCCGCUACAUUGGUCUGUCUCAGCCGGUCAUAAGGACAUAUCAGAGUACCUUCUCAAUUUGGGAGUACCAGUGGAUGAAAGUGAUGAUUCUGAGUGGACCCCUCUACACAUUGCAGCAUCAGCUGGGAGGUAUGACAUUGUAGUGGCAUUACUUGGUAGAGGCGCGAAGGUGAAUGCUGUCAAUCAGACCGGCCAAGUACCAUUGCAUUACGCAGCAUCCAGAGAUAGAAUUGAUAUUACAGAACUGCUACUUGAUCAUGGUGCCGAUCCAAACAGGUUUGACAAGUUGAGUGCCACACCUCUGCAUCGAGCAGCUUCCAAGGGGAAUUAUAAGAUCAUUGAUUUGUUAAUUAAAAAUAACGCUGAAGUUGAAGCAGUGGAUUGUGAAGGAAAUACACCAAUACAUUUAGCAUGUGAAGAAAACAGAACAGACGAAGCUAAACUAUUACUAGAACAUGGAGCAAGUCUGUACACACUUAAUAAGGAGGAGAAAUCCCCCCUCGAUUUAGCACCUGCUGGGUUACGAAAAACACUUGAACGACUUAAUCAAGGAUAGAAGCAAGUCAAGCUGUUGAAUCGUCUUUAUAAACAAUGAACACACAUGGAGAUUGGAUAUCCAUUGCAUAGUUGCCAUUCAAUAACAAGCUUUUAUCUCACAUGCCUUUGUGAAACCUUUUUGUCAGUUAAUCGUUACAGCCAUUAUUUUAAUGUUUGCAUAUUAAUAUCAUCCAAAAGAACACAGUAGUAAUAUUAU